AUGUUAUCCUUCACUUACCUGCAGAAAUUCCUGACGGUUUUCUCAGAAGAAACCAUCGAGACGCUGUUCUACGGCAUCCUCGAAAUACUGGUUCAGGACGCGACGGUACCGUUCGCCACCGUUGAUCCUAGCUCACCGCUCGUGUCGACCACACGGCUCGGCAACCCAGCAGGCCACAAACCGUUGACUGUGGCCCAGCAAGAAUCUUCCCCCAGCCUUCCCGCUCCGGAGCAGCUGACGGCUGACGUUCCAAGAUCAGAGUCUCCAGGUCCCGACGAUGACCUCGCAUCGCCUGAUUACGCGGAAGUGAUGUCUCUUCAGAUCGAGCGUACAUCCGCAGCUGCAGCGACACUUGAGAAGGAGGCCUCUGCUUUGCCUGGUUGCCCUGAACGCGUAUCUCUUGCAACAACCUCGAUGUCGGAUAUGUUUGCCCGGGAGCUUUCAGCUGACGAUCUUAAGUGGUUCGAAAACCUUGUGCGUGCACAGGACAGUAACCAAGGGCCUACCCUCCCUGCAGGAUCGUCUCCACAGCGUGAGCAACAUACUCCUCCCCAACCUCCUGCGCCCCCUCCCUCUUCCUCGGAAUAUCCCCAAGCGCAAUAUCCAACGCCAGGGACUCUUCAACGACCUCCGUACGAGCAAGCCUACAAUGUUACGCCAGCGCUCUCUGUGCCGACCAACGCCUACGUAACAGUGCCGUAUCUUACACUCCCGCAACCUGGUCUGUCAUUUGGACUAUCGCCACUGCCAUAUCCCAUGUAUGCUCCGACUUCUUCGACGGUGAGCCGGUGCCCGCCCUCCGUACAGCCUGGACUGCCGCCGGCCUUCUCAGAGUCGGUUGCGCAACGUUUGAGCGCUCGCUAUGGCUGGCAAACAAGGCAGCCAGUGCAGACCUGCGUUCCCCGUGCGCGAUCGAUGGGUCAAACGGUUGGUCCUUUGACGUCGACUCCCAGGCUCGCGGAGAACCCAACAGCCGGACCUUCGUCGCGGACCGCAUUGUCCUCCAGGAAACGUCCUGCGGCGGAGAACGAGCCGGAGGAGGGUACCAGGCGCAGCACCCCUCGCCGCCGCAACAUGUUAAUUGGCGACGGAACGGCUCCUGUGGCGUCGGGUUCUGUACGUCCGACGGCGCAUGCGGGCGAGGCCAAAGAGGAACCCGAAGGGCCUCUGUCUCCGAUCGUCGGGCGUAACCCCGAUGCGCCUUUGGUGCACCGUUGCUUGCUGGAUGGUUGCAACAGGGUCCUCGGUGAACUGCCUUCCAUGAAUGAUGUAAACAGGCAUCUCAGGGAGUAUCACGAACACUCCAAGUCUGAUCUGAAGUGGUCGUGUACGUGGCGCAAUGCUCGGGACAAAAGUCAUUGCCCAUCAUCUGUAGGACAAAGCAGCAGAGCUCGCCAUCUUUAUCGUUCGCACCUGCGCCCGAUUGAAUUAAAAUGUCCAUCAUGCGGUUGGGCAACGGUCCAAGCAAGAGAUUCAUACAACCAUCAUGCCAAGCUGUGCAACACCAAAAAAUAG